AUGUCAGAAGCCCCUAUUCUAGUUGUGGUGGCGUCCAAAAACCCAGUUAAGCUUGCUGCCACGAAAGAAGCCUUCGCGCGCGUAUUCCCCACGGCAACAUUUCAGUAUGAAACACUCAGCGUCCCCUCUGGCGUCCCGGACCAGCCAUUCUCAGACAGAGAGACCCUUCAAGGAGCAUUAAAUAGAGCCCGCUCCGCCAAAGAGCUUCAGCCGCGUGCCGACUAUUGGAUUGGUUUAGAAGGCGGGGUGGACGACUGGGAGGGCACCUUGCUGCAAUCGUUUGCCUGGAUGGCCAUUGUCAACAGAGAGGGGAAAGAGGGCAAAGCGAGAACCUCGGCGUACUUUUUACCCCAGGAGACCGCAAAAUUGGUGAGGGGAGGCAUGGAAUUAGGCCACGCAGACGAUUUGCUGUAUGGAAAGACAAACUCCAAGCACCAAGGCGGCUCUGUAGGACUGUUGACUGAGGACGUUGUGACGAGGCAAUCGUACUACAUUGAAGCUAUUGUGUUGGCACUUAUACCGUUUAACCACCCGGAUAAAACGUUUCGAUAA